AUGAAGUUUUCAAUAUCACAAAUACAAUUAAAUAUGCUCAUUGGGUUAGUAUGGAUAGCAGUGAUAUUCAUAAAUAUACCACAUAUAACUGCGCAAAAAACAGAAACAUCCCCAAAUAAUAAUAGUUCAGACAAAUGCAUACCUUGCAAUAAGAUUGAGAUAAAAUGCCCUACAUGUCCUGAAGGUGAAAAAUGUAUCCUGACCUUACGGUCAUGUUCUGAAUGUCAAAAGGCAAAAUGUGUCAAAUUAUCAUCAAACGAAUUACAAGUUAAUGAUAACAACAAUGAAGACAAAAAUGGCAAUAAAACUUUAUUACCAGCUGUUAUUGGUGGUAUCCUUGGGGUCGGGCUCUUAACUGCAAUAGGUUAUGGUUAUUUUGCAUUGAAACGAAGGACACGAAAUGAUCGAGGUGUUAAAUUAGAUAAUAACGAAGAGAUGAUUUCAAUAGACGGAGAAAAUGUUAUUCCAAUUGCAUAUAUACCAUCAACCAAUCCAUCAACACCAACCACUCCUAAACCGAAACCAACUUUUCCAAGAUUACGAGCGUCACAUGUUAGUUGUGGAACUUCCCCUCUAGCUAGCCCUAUACCUUUUAACCUUAAUGAUGAAUCAUUAAUUGAUGUUACAGAGGAUGAUGAUUUGGUUUCAGAUGUUGGUACAAUUUUGCAAGCGACAAAAACAGCGCCCACAGCUACUCUAAUGACGGCAACGCGGGCUAAACCGGCACUUGUUCGACUUAAUACUGUAAGAUUACCAAAUACUGAUACGAGUUCAGCACAAACUGCGCGACAUGGAAAUAGCAUUCCUAAUACGCCAAAAUCUCCCAUGAAUGAUAAUACUUACUUAAGUGCACCGUCAUUAUCAUCUGUACCAAGCAGUCCAACUUCAAAUUUUUCAAGAUAUGAUUCUGAAACUGAACAGAUAAUGCCUUGUAUAGAUAUCGAAAGAGCAUCAGCAGAAUCAACUCGUGAUGCAAGUCAGAGAUCAACAUCACAACAUCUUAAUUCACGACAUUCAUUCGGGCUAUUUGGUAGCAGUGAGGUGUAUAGUAACGACUCGUCUCCACCUCAGUUACAGCGAGAGAGUAUAUUGAGUUCUACUAGUUCUAAUGGUAGAAGUACAUUGUUUUCAGAUGAUGGAGAUGGUGAAAUCACAAUCUUUUGGGGAGGAAAUGAGCCUCCUUUUGUAAUUGCAACAGGAGAAGGAGGUCAAAUUCAAGUUCAAGAACCUAAAGAUCACGUAGAUUCAACCGAUAAAUAUCAAAAUGAGGAAACAAUAACAAAGGAAACAAUAUAA